CUCCUUUCUUCUUGGCUUGCUCCUUUUUCCUGUCAAGUCAAGGACCACGACCGCAAUGGCAAGCGAUGAGCGCUAGGGAGGACUUCGUUAGGGUGGGCAGUCUAGAUUCGCUGCGCUCCUCUGCUCGCCAUCAUAUAACGCUACGGAACAAGGUGGAGCAGCACAUCUACCACUCGCUGCUCCUCUUUUCCUUUCCGGCCGCUUCCUCUUCACCCAAAGAUGAUGAAGACGGCUUCUCCUCUCGCUUCUAUUGCAUGGAAGCUUCGUGCCCCCAUCUAGGCGCGCCUUUGGAAAACGCUUCAAUCUAUGACAUAGAAGACGAGGAAGACAUCGAAGAUGCUGUCAUUGUUUGCCCUUGGCAUGAGUACGACUUCUCGCUAAGCACAGGCGAGUCUUCGACAGGGCUCAAAGCGUGCACGUAUGCCGUCGAGGAGCGAAACGGUGAAAUUUGGGUGCAGGAACCCAACGGCGAGACCGACGCGCAGGGCAAAGCACACCGAGCCGGGUGGGAGGUCGUGGAAGUGAGGCCUGUUAGCGAGGCGUUUACUCGCCAUCGCGAGCCAGUCGCCAAGAGCCUUCAUACUGCCGUCCAGGAGCAGCUCUCGAUCUCGGAUUCUGUUUCAAGGGAGGAAGAUCAUAUCAAGGACCCUAAUCCUCGACCGACGACGCUUGUCGAGUGGGCCGUGCUGGUGCUCAAUACCCCCCAACCCAAGCUCAAGGUAGAAUAUACCUCUCGAGCUGCAAAGGCAUUCAGGACUGGGCAAUGCAAGGCUGGUGUCGGCGGCGGCCGAUGGAGCAUCGAAGCAGGUGGUGAUCGCAAGUGGCUGCGCAAGGAAAGCGAAGCGCCGCCUGAGGUACCUCCUCGGCUGAAAGAUGCCUUGCUGGUCCAGCCUGGCCGGGAGGGAAAGCGCGGAAAGGGCGGCACCGAAAAGGGCAGAAUCGCCAUGCUUCACUCGCUCGCCAACAUUGAGCAGUGGGCCAUUGACCUGGCGUGGGACAUUAUCGCCCGUGGGCCCGAGCUGUACGCACGACACACUUUGUCCUCGCCUACGGCCCCCAGGACGCUUCCGCUGCAGUUUUACUCGGACUGGCUAAAAGUAGCAGAAGACGAAUGCAAGCACUUUUCGCUCCUUCAGCAACGGCUCCACGACAUGGGCUCCUACUUUGGCCAGCUGCCCGUCCAUCACGGUCUGUGGGAGAGUGCGCUGGAGACCAAGGACAGUCUCAUGUCGCGUCUCAGCAUCAUCCACCUCGUUCACGAGGCAAGGGGUCUCGAUGCCAACCCGCUCACGAUCAAGAAAUUUGACAAUGCAGGCGACGAACAGAGCGUAGAGGUUCUGACAACAAUUCACCUCGACGAAGUGACUCACGUCUCGGCGGGUCACCGUUGGCUGACCUUUCUCUGUGCCAAUGCAAAGCCGCCACUUUCGCCGGUCGAGGUGUUCCGAGAGGAGGUGCGCCGCCAUUUCGCAGGCCGACUCAAGGGGCCCUUCAACGCCCAAGACCGCCUCAAAGCUGGGCUCAGCAAGGAAUGGUACGAGGACUUGGCAGGCGAGAGGAAGCGGGACAUGGCCCUUGGCGCAGCCCAGAGGGAGGAAAUCCCGGGCGGUUGAUGCUCUAGAUCUUUUCACACUGUACACUAAGCAUACAUCACUUUCUCGCGGCUCAUCAGUACCGUCCUCACUUUCUCAGACUUUGGAAGCCAACUCUCGGAAUUGAAGGAAUGAGGAGGCGAGAGUAAAAAGUGGGCUUACGUGCGAGAGAGACGUGGACGGCCGCGGGCAAGGAUGAGAUUCAUGUUUGACCACAGUCAAUUAUGCGUUGCACAGCAUCGCAGCGCAUCGGCUACGUCAAAACGCCCGCUUGAUGAGGGAUGUAGGACCAAGGAGGGAGGUCAAGGGGAAGAAAGGAC